AUGCCGGCCGACGGUACCUACGCACCGCAAUCUCCCGAUCUCUCAUCCUUUCAAUCCUCGACAACGACGCCCGUGCAGCAGCACCGUCCGCACCAACAACAGCAACAGCACCACCACGAACCCCAGACCUCUACCUACACGCCCCGCUCACCGCGACUGCCGGACUUCACGAGCCCCCAGAGCAACAACGCCACGGCCCAGCGCAGCAGCAUCUCGUCCAGCUCAGGCUACCAGGUUCCCCCCUCGCCGCAGCAGUACCAGGGCUUUGGAGACAGCCGCCGGAAUUCCAGUUACCUGCCGCCCAUCCCAGACCUACCGCCUACACAUACGUUUCAGUCACCGAGAGGGCAAGGGCAGUACACCAGCCCGGCGUACCAGGCUCCGACAGUGCCAUAUUCACAAGCGCACUCGCCGCCGCAGAAUUACUCGCGGCAGUCAUAUUCACUCCCCCAACAAGCUCUUACUUAUCAACCACCGCCGCCGCAGCCACUGCAGCAACCGCAGGCGCCGCACCAGCAACUACACGAACAACUUCACAUCAAAUCCGAGACCAGCGACGACGCGAUGACAGGACGCGUGAAGCGUGAGCGCGUCGCCGCCGCACCUGGCAUCAGCGAGGAUGUCAAACCGCACCUUGGAGCCAGCCAGGGUAUUGAGAUCAAGACGAAGUUUCCUGUUGCGAGGAUAAAGCGGAUAAUGCAGGCUGAUGAGGAGGUGGGCAAGGUGGCCCAGGUCACACCGGUUGCAGUUUCUAAAGCAUUGGAACUCUUCAUGAUCUCCCUCGUCACCAAAUCAGCCUCUCUGGCGCGCAGCACGAACUCGAAGCGCGUGACCGCCGUACACCUCAAGAAAGCGAUCGAGGCUGAUGAGCAAUUCGAUUUCCUUAACGAUAUCGUGAGUAAGAUCGCCGACGGUCCUGACGCAGGACAGGGUAAGCGGACGAAGGAGGAGGAGGAUAACAGCGAUUCGGACGAGAAGCCGAAGAAGAAGGGGAGGCGGAAGAAGGGGGAGUAA